GAGGGUAGUCGAGAGUCGCGAGGGGAGGCCGUAAAGCACCACCCUCAGCGCGACGGGAAAGGAAAGCGCGACUCCUAGAGGCGCGUUUUGCGGCAAAUAUCAGUCCUCCUGACAGCUUCUGAAGGGCUUGUUGACUGUGCUACAGCGACAGCCGAACCCGACUUCCUUUUGAGAGAGGAGAAGGCGGCUUUUAUCGAAGGGCUAUUGGGACAUGUAGUCCUCAAAAGGAAUUGGCGCUACUGGUAAGAUGAAAACUUAACUUGGAUGUGCAAGUUUGCAGCAAAUCAACUUGGUUCCUGAUUUUUCAUUUGAGAAACACAUCAAAAGCAGUGAUACUUCCUGAAUUGGCAGGGCUGUCUAUUGCAUACCACCCUAACAAGUACUGUCAAGAGAUAGAACCCAGUGGCAUUAGAUCAUAAAUAGUCAACAGGAAGGAGUCUUUAUGAUUUAAAAGAUACGGUUACGUGGAAGGUAAACUGCCUCGCCUAUUUAAGCUGGAAGGGAGGGGCCACAGAUUGCAAAAGUGCAGGUUUCACUGUGCCAGGUACUUCCUGCUGUAUACCACACCUGUUUUAUCACCGACGCUCAAUGAAAUCCUGAAGUGAAAGCCAGCAUGUUACCUGGAAACAGCAGAAUCCCCUCAAAUGCGGAUGGUACAUGCUGCCCUUCAAAGCUCACCAAUGUUAAGACUGUGUGUUUUCACCUGUUUCCUGGCAGUAAGAGCAGACGUAGGGCAAGAAUGCCCUAAAUUUACUUCUUUAGGUUUUCCUGAUGCCAUCCUUGGUACAAAUCUGAAAGUGCAACUACUCCUGUAUACAAAAAGAAAUCCGAACUGUGCUGAGACCUUUGGUGACCACAAUAACCACAAUCUAACAGUAUCUACAUAUCUAAAUGUGACCAAGAAAACGAUAAUUAUUAUCCAUGGCUACAGGCCCACAGGAUCUCCACCAGUGUGGAUUGAUAAAAUUAAAGAUCUUCUGCUUGAAAUAGAAGAUGCCAACAUCCUAAUAGUGGAUUGGAAUCGGGGUGCCACAACAUUAAAUUAUCCCAGUGCUGUUUCAAAUGCCAAGAAAUUGGUAGAUAUCCUGAAGAACCUGCUCGAACAAAUGUUGGAAAAUGGAGCAACUCUUGAGUCUUUUUAUAUGAUUGGAGUAAGCCUUGGUGCUCAUGUAGCAGGACUUCUUGGAAAGGCAUAUGGUGGCAAAAUCGGAAGAAUUACAGGUCUUGAUCCUGCAGGACCUUUAUUUACUGGAAAGUCAUCCCAUGAGAGGUUGGAUUACACUGAUGCCCAGUUUGUUGAUGUCAUUCAUACUGAUAUUGAUGCUUUGGGCUACAGGAAACCUUUGGGAAACAUAGAUUUCUAUCCAAAUGGAGGAACAGAUCAGCCUGGAUGUCCAGCAUCACUCCUCGGGGGAGUUUCUCAAUAUUUCAAGUGCGAUCAUCAAAGAUCUGUUUAUUUAUACAUGGCAUCCUUGGAAGAGAACUGUAAUGUAACUGCAUAUCCUUGUGAUUCGUAUGAAGAUUAUAGAAAUGGAAAAUGUGUGAGCUGUAAAGCUUUUCAUCCACUUCCAUGCCCAGUACCUGGUUAUUAUGCUGAUAAAUGGAAGAACCACUUAAUUGAAAAGAGCCCUCCUGUGACAACAGCAUACUUUGACACUUCAGACAAAGAGCCAUUCUGUAUAUACCACUACUUUGUGAAUAUUGUUAUCUGGAACAAAAACAGUAGAAGUGGUUUCAUAAAGAUCAAAAUAACAGAUAAUGCAGGGAACACAACAGAAUCGAAAAUUUAUAGUGAUGCAGCUGCAUUUCACCAAUACAAACAUGCCAAGAUACUUGCUGGAUUCUCCCCAGAUUUUGACAACAUAGCAAAAAUUUCUUUGACAUUCUCAACCAGGAAUGUAGUGGGCCCAAAGUACAAGCUUAGAGUCCUAGAAAUGAGAUUAAAAUCGCUUUCAGUUUCUCAGAGGAUUCAGCUAUGUAGAUAUGAUUUCACACUGCUGGAAAAUAUUGAAACAAGCUUCAGACCCAUUCCAUGCCUUGACAUCAUGGACUGAAACAAUUUAUUUUAAAUAAUACUUUCUCAAGGACAUUGUAUGCAUCAAGUUAAAGUUGACACAUAAAGUUCACUUGACUCUCUUUAAGAAUGCUAAAAUUUCAAAAAUUAUUGCUAACUUUGAGAACUAUGGAAUUAAAUUUUGCAAGUAAUUCUGCUGUUCCCAGUGUAUUAGAUGCAUGUAUCUGUAGUCCAUUUCUAAUUAACAAAGAAGAGAGUCAAUGUGGUGAAUCAUCUUUUUGUUGACUUUGUAGUCUUCCAAGCAAUGAUACUACAUUCAAUUGAAUUUAACAGUAAUUACAGACUGAUCUCUUUAUGUAGGUCCAGAACUCAUAGAAACAUACUUUUUCUCAUUAACUUUGGAAAGAUAUUCAUUUAAUGUGGAUUUCAAUUGUCAGCGUAGUAUACCAAUGUCCUUUUCAGGUAUUUGCCUGAGACGCACAGGGGCAAAUGUAGUUACAGAGCCGUCUUCUAUCUAUUGAGCUAAGCACACUAGGAACUAACUCCUGGUUGCUCAGGGAUAUCUGGGGAUCGGUUUAAAUGCCAUCUUCUCUCUGUUCUCAGUUUUAACCCUAUGUAUUUUCAGGUGAGCAUCUGAACAAAAUUCAGCUUGUUCAGGCCAUCCUUUGGAAGAGUUUAGAACAAAAUUAAAGAUUUUGAGAAAGUCAUGGUGCACAUUGAAGGCUAUUGGAUGAAGUUGAUAGUCUGUGUUGUUUGAGCCAAAUGUUGCUUUAACUGGAUAAGGAAGCGAAAUAUAUUUCUCUGUUCAGACGUUUGGUUAUCUAAAACAUGCAGAUUAUUCUCACUAACUAAAGAUUAAGACAUCUGAAAGUUAUGUUCCCUUCCCAACCAUUUAUCAGUUGACUUGACUGCUUACACAACAGGACAUGUUCAUACGUUCUGGAUAGCCACAUUGUGCAUUUGAUACCCAUUGAUGCCAAAUGAAGCUUAUGCAAUUUGCAGGAAAAUAGUAAUGGCAGAUAGAACAUAAGUGCAUAGAAUUAUAUUUGUGGAGAAAGUGGGUGAGAAGAUGGUUUCCGCCUUUUCUCAAAAUGCUAUAACACAGUAAGUCAUUGAAAUUCAAUGAAGAGAGACUAAAAAAACAUAAAAAUGAUCACAUUGUUAAAAAACUUGUCAAAACGGAAUUGGAUGAAUACUUGGUUGAUAUGACCACAAGUCAUGGUAGAUACAUAUUUCUUCCCGUACCUGGAAAGAUUGUUUCUCUAUAUCAUAAAUGAAUAUCAGUCAGUGGGUAGAGUUGCACUUAACAUCCUCCUGUGAACAUCUGGUUCGGACUGCAUGAAAAAGCUGUAGUAGAUUGGCCUGUGGUUUAAUCUGCCAUAUGGCUUUUCUUAUGUUUUGGCAUUUCUUUCCUUAUGUUUAUUCAAGAAUGUCUAUGAAAUUCACUGGGAUCUAUUUCUUUACAGGUAUGCUUACCAGUAUGUCCUUGUCUGCCUUUAUUAACAUCUUGGGCUGUGAAUAUUAUUAUUUUUAUAUACAUUUAAUAAAUAUUUGUUUAUUGAAA